CAGGUACCUUCAAGCAUCAAGCAAUUUUUUUUUUUUUUUUUGUUACUAACAAUGUUCAGCUCCAAAGGUUCAGGAACUCCCAAUCAGCCCCAUAUUGCUGUCUUCCCAUGUGCCGGAAUCGGCCACCUGACUCCGUUCCUCCGCCUUGCUUCCAUCCUCCUUUCUCAAAACUGUGAAGUUACUCUCAUCACCGCCAAGCCAACAGUAUCACUUUCCGAGUCAAUGAACAUCUCUUUCUUCCUUUCUACACAUCCUGAAGUCAAGCAUGUUGAGUUCCAAGUCCUUCCUUCGGAACCUCACAAUAGUACAGAUGAUCCCUUUUUCCUUCAAUUUGAAGCCGUUCGCCGCUCUAUGCACCUCCUACUUCCCUUGCUGUCUGAUUUAUCUCCACCUCUUUCUGCCAUAUUUUCUGACUUCGUAGUAGCUUCUGCUGUUCAUCAAAUUGCUGCUGAUCUUGGCCUUCCACAGUAUAUUUUAAUAACCACAUCUGCUACAUUUUUUUCACUUAUGGCAUAUCUACCCAACAUGAUAUAUGAUCCUGCUAAAUUUAGCAGCCUUUUAGCUGAAGUCGAGAUCCCGGGACUAACACCAGUACCCGUGUCAAGCAUUCCUCCUCCGAUGUUUACCCCGAAUCAUCUUUUUACAUCUAUUAUCUUAACGAAUAUUAGAGCUUUCCAAGAAGUCAAAGGAAUUCUAAUGAAUACCUUUCACUGGUUUGAACCAGAAGCACUAUCUUUUCUCAACAAUUAUAAAGCUCUUGGUAGUUUCCCACCUGUUCUCCCUGUUGGACCCUUAGUGCCUUAUGAGCUUGGGGGAGAACAGAGCCAGUAUCUAGAAUGGUUGGACAACCAGCCAACAGAAUCAGUGGUUUAUGUAAGCUUUGGAAGCAGAACAUCAAUCUCAAAGGAGCAGAUGAUAGAACUCGGAGAUGCACUGGACAGAAGUGAAUAUCGAUUCCUGUGGGUGAUCAAGGGCAGAAAAGUUGAUUAUGAUGAUAAAGAAAGUCUAGAGGACUUAGUAAGUCAUUCAUUUCUUGAAAGAACAAAGAACAGGGGGAUGGUAGUGAAAGGUUGGGUAAAGCAACAAGAGAUUCUGGCACAUCCUGCCAUAGGAGGCUUUGUUAGUCACUGCGGGUGGAACUCAGUGACGGAAGCGGCUCAGCGAGGAAUACCAGUGCUGGCGUGGCCUCUUCAUGGUGACCAAAGAGUGAAUGCAGAUGUUGUGGAGAAAGCAGGCUUCGGGACAUCAGAAAGAAGCUGGGGCUGGAUGGGCCAGAGGCUAGUGAAGCAAGAUGAGAUUCAGAGAAAGAUUGAUGAGUUAAUGAGAGAUGAGAAGCUAAGGAGUAGAGCAAAAAAGGUGGGGGAAGAAGGUAAGAAGGCUGGAAACACUGGUGGGAGUUCAGAAAAGGUGAUCAUGGAAGUCAUCGAGUUGUUAAAGCAGAACAUGACGAACUAAAGUUCAAAAUGUCACCGUCUUCUUUCUAUUAUCAUGAGCUCUUUUCCUUUUUCUUGGUGGGUUAAAUUGUUAUCAGAUUGUCUAUUUAUAAAAAAGAAAGGGCUUGAGCCUGCAUAUUUAUGGGAGGAAAAUAUGUCAACAUUGCUUUCUGCAGAUGGUUUCACCUGUGAAAUUCCAUAGCAGAAACAGAAAAGAUCUGAAGUGGAAAUUCGCACGUCAAAAGAAAAUACAAAUUUUUUUUUGUAAUGAAUAAAAACAACAAGAGUGA